GCGCACACUCCAAAAAUCCCAUCACUGCCCAUCACUGCUCCAACAAAGUUGUGCCAAAGUUGUCAACAGAGUACCGAACGGUAUAUGAACGGUACUGUGCAAUCAUUUUUACGAUAAAAGUAUUUUAAGUAAUUGCAAAAUGUCAGAUGGAGAAGAUGAUUUUAUGUGUGAAGAAGAGGAAGACUAUGGUCUUGAAUAUUCUGAGGAUUCAAACUCAGAGCCUGAUGUUGACUUAGAAAAUCAAUAUUACAAUAGUAAAGCCUUGAAGGAAGAUGAUCCAAAGGCAGCACUACAAAGUUUUCAAAAGGUUUUAGAUUUGGAAGGAGGAGAAAAGGGUGAAUGGGGCUUUAAAGCUUUGAAACAAAUGAUAAAAAUCAAUUUUAAAUUGGGCAAUUAUAAAGAAAUGAUGACUAGAUAUAAACAAUUAUUAACAUAUAUUAAAAGUGCAGUUACAAGAAAUCAUUCAGAAAAAUCUAUUAAUUCCAUAUUAGAUUAUAUCAGUACCUCAAAAAACAUGGAAUUAUUACAAGAUUUUUAUGAAACUACCUUAGAUGCAUUGAAAGAUGCUAAAAACGAUAGACUAUGGUUUAAAACUAACACAAAGUUGGGAAAAUUAUACUUUGAUCGUUCUGAUUUCAAUAAAUUAGCAAAAAUACUAAAGCAACUUCAUCAAAGUUGUCAGACUGAUGAUGGGGAAGAUGACUUGAAGAAAGGAACGCAACUCUUGGAGAUAUAUGCAUUAGAAAUACAAAUGUAUACUGCACAGAAAAAUAAUAAAAAAUUAAAGACUUUAUAUGAACAAAGCUUACACAUUAAAAGUGCUAUACCACAUCCAUUAAUAAUGGGAGUCAUUAGAGAAUGUGGUGGGAAAAUGCAUUUGAGAGAAGGAGAAUUUGAAAGAGCACACACUGAUUUCUUUGAGGCUUUUAAAAAUUAUGAUGAAUCUGGUUCACCGAGGCGUACCACGUGCUUGAAAUAUUUAGUCUUAGCAAACAUGCUGAUGAAAUCUGGUAUCAAUCCAUUUGAUUCUCAAGAGGCAAAGCCAUAUAAAAAUGAUCCAGAGAUCUUAGCCAUGACGAACUUAGUGGUCAGCUAUCAAAAUAACGAUAUUAAUCAAUUCGAAUUAAUUUUAAAGCAAAAUAGGAAUAAUAUAAUGGAUGAUCCUUUCAUAAGAGAACAUAUUGAAGAUUUACUACGUAAUAUACGCACACAGGUUUUGAUAAAACUAAUUAAGCCCUACACUAGAAUCUAUAUUCCUUUCAUAAGCAAAGAAUUAAACAUUGAUGUCUCAGAAGUUGAAAGUCUUUUAGUAUCUUGUAUUUUGGAUAGCACUAUUCGUGGUCGAAUCGAUCAGGUGAACCAGGUACUUGAGUUGGAUAAGAAAUCUGUAUGCGCAGCACGUUAUAAUGCUCUUGAUAAGUGGACGAGUCAAUUGCACUCUUUACACUUAGCAAUAGUAAACAAAAUGUCGUAAAGAGCAUAUUGCGCGCGAAUCCAAAAUUAUAUUUUAUAUUGCACGAUAUGAUACAGGGUCAUUUCUUUAAGUCGUAAUCCACUUAUGGAUGAGAUUUGUGAAUAAAUCAAUCAUCCUAUUCGUUUACGAAUCUUCUUGCACAAACGGGUUACGACUUGAACGAUUUUAACAGAACUACCCUGCGUAUUAUGAUUGUCGGUCUCUAAAAAUAAAACCUGUUGUGAUAUAUAAUAAAGUUAGAAUUUUAAUAAAAAUUGCUCACUGUA